CUGGCUCAUUGUUUCAUCUGUGUCGUCACAUUCGUGAAACUAGAUAGCUAUAAACAAAGAUGGUGGAUUGUUAAAAAUAAUAAUACUACCUGAAAGAUAAGUAACAUCUUUCAUUUGUGGUACUACUCGCACAGCAAACAAAAUGUCAAAAUUGGAAUUGUUGAAUAUAUUUCUUACGAAGAGAUUAACCGCGGCUGCCGAGGAGAUAUUUGGGGCUGUGAAGGGUACGAUAGUUGAGUACCAGACAGAAAUCGUUCGCUCCAAGGAGGAGAACAAUCGUCUCCGAAAGCUGCUGGAUAUCGCUGUUCAGCGCGUUCUACUUCAAACAGUAAUGAAAUUAGAUGAGGAAACAGGCCAAUGGGAGAAACAGUGGGAAGACCACCAUGCUAUCCAUCUCACUGAAGAUGCAUCUUCCCCUGAGCAGCAGUACUGUGAGCAGGAGUGGAGCCCCAGUCUGGGCCAGGACCCAAAGCCCACACAGGUUAAAGAGGAACAGGAGCUCAGAAUCAGCCAGGAGGAAGACCAGCUUCAGGGUUUGGAGUCUGAUACCAAAGGAGAGUCCAUAUUAACUCCUCCCUUUGUUAAAAGUAACUGUGAUCAGGACCCAGCUCAGCCUUCACAUCUUCCACAUACCCAAACUGUGGACAUCAGAGGAGACUCUUUAGCCAGAACCAUAUCUUCUAAGCAGAUCAAAAUAGAAAAUGAAGAAGGCUACAGCACAUCAGAACCAACCAGUGACUUACAGACUGUCAUCAAUGUGAAUUCCGAUUGUCUUGCAGCUUCGAGUGAAAACGGUGCCCAACCCAAUAUCAACAAUAGAAUUCUGAGAGAAGGACUCUCAGGAUAUAAGGGCCCACAGGGAACAAGCAGUGCAUAUGAAAGAGAAAGUAUAGGUCUACACAUAGAUGUUAGAGGCCAGAACACCUCCAAGCUGCCUCAACAGAGAUCCCCCUAUCAACCCCAGGGCAUACAGAGAGUGUAUCGUUGCAGAGAGUGUGGGAAAUGCUUCAGUUUCUCCUGUCAGUUAGAGGUCCACAUGCGAUGGCACACCAAGGAAAGACCAUUCAGCUGCUCAGUGUGCAGAAAAGGCUUCACAACCAUCAGCAUGUUGAGGAGGCACCACCGCAUUCACACUGGAGAGAAGCCCUUCCGCUGUCACAUCUGUGGGAAAUGUUUCAACCAGUCGGCUCACCUGAACACUCACUUUAAAAUUCACCCAGGGGAGAGACCACAUGGCUGGAAAAUGGCUCGGUCAAAACGUUAACAGCAGAGACAUUUACGCUCUCUUGAAAUUAAGUUCUGAGCACAGAAGGAGAGUGACAUGUAAAUCUGGGCAGUUAAAUUAUUGGCCAGGAUUUAAAACACUAGAAGAAUCAGUGAUUGAUGUUUGAACAAUGCAUUACAAUACAGUGGGGAAUGGGAAUAACUUUGAGUAAUGAAAAUGUUAAUGUUUUUCACUGAUCCAUGUGAUUGUGUUGCUGCAUGCAUCAUCAUCUGAAGCCAUGCUUGGUUCAGUGCCAGCAUGACGAUAUGAAUACUGCUAGUAGCUAUAUAUAUGUUGACUGAUGUUGUUCUUUUGUAAAUACACUACAUAUUUUACAGGAAGCAGAGGAUAUCGCCUGUUUUAGUAGAUGCAGAUCAAUGAAUUUGAUCAUCCUCAUCUAUUUCCCCUUAGGACUUGGACAUAACUGCUGGGCUGUAUGACUAUCCUAUUAGGGUCUUGACAGUUAUCCCUGAUGAAAUUACUGUGUAAAAAUGUACUGUUCUGUGCUGAAUGUUAACUGUUUUUUAAUAAAUAAUUGGUCAAAUGUU